AUGGGUACGGGUAACCCGCAAGGGUCACAGCUAUACCGUGCCUUCCAUAAAUGUCAUACUUCCCGCGUGCACGCUACAACCGGCACCACCAAGAAGCACUCAGACUUCCUGCUGGCAAUGCAUCAAGCUUGGAAAAAUGAUAACUCUCAACGCAAUCCGUUUGAGAGCCGUUUUGCUUGCUGCCAUACAUCUACAGCUCGCGAAAUUCAGGCUGGGAUCAACGUGUCUCUGCACACCGACAUCUCUCCAAGCAGGCUAAUCACCAGUAGUAUUGAUCUACAGGACCAACAGCAGCGCCUCAAGGUGGACAUCGCCAACAUGUCUCUUCAGAAGCACCCGCCACCACAUCACUGCCAACACCUUCGCAUUUGGCGCACACUGACGGAUGCCACCAGCAAGCACCAUCCAGCACCUACGCGACACACUGACUCGCCAGCAUCGAGCGUACAUGCUCAGACCAUGCCAGUGAAUGCUGGCGUGGCUCGAACGCACACGGAAGACACCAGGAUGAAGAGAGAAGGAAAAGAGGAGGAACGAGAGGAGGAAGGAAGGAUCUUGUCAGUAAGUCGCCAUCCUGACUCUGCCCCCAUUUUCUGCAAUGAGGACGCGACACCCAACAUGUCACACUCUCGCGCCACCACGCAACCAUCUCCCAUUUCGACACGCUCACCUUUAACUUCGAUCGUACACACGAACACCCAGCGCGCGCCAGCAAAUUUGCCCAUGCCUCCACUCCUUCCUGUGCUGGACAUAUGUGCUAAGCACUGGCAGUGA